CCUAUGUAACCCCCGCCGAGACGGCACGGCCCCGCCACAGCCACUACGGGCCGCCCGCGGGGAUCCCGACGGCUCCUGCCGCUGUCGCCCUCCUCACGGGGCUCCCCGGACCCGCUGCCGGUGCCCGCCGCGGACCCUCCCACGCGGCGGAGCGGGGAUGCCUCCUCCCCUGGCGCCCGGCCAGCCGCCCGCGCCCGCCUCGCCGCGCUGAGGCCGCAGAGCCCGGGCACUGGGAGCACCGCGGCUGCCGGCGCAGCAGAAAGUGAAAGUACCUGCCGCCGGCGGAAGCCCCAUGGGAAAAGCAGAGCCCGGCCGGGAGUCCCGCAGCCUCCCCUGACAGGCGAGCGGGGGUCGCGGGCUGCUGAGCCCCCGCUCUGCCGCCGCGGCUCCUCUCCACCCCCGGCGCGGUGCUCCGCGGGCUGCAGGCUCCAUGGGCGGGACGGCGCCGCCACCAUGACCGCCGAGCCGCCGGCGCAGCUCCCUGCCACCCCUCCCCGCGGACCAUGUUCCAUGCCUUUUUUAGAACUAUCUUUCGGGUUCUGCCACUGCUCCUUGUUCUGUCUCCAGUGAAUUCAUCUAGUUGUGCAAUGGGAAAUAAAACAACUGAAAUCCGUAUGAAGUAUGAAAAUAUACUAAGCCACGACAUCAACGAGCUGGUAAAUAUGUCUGCAGAGUAUCGUGACAGGUGCUGCAAGAAUAAAAAACAUGAAAAUAGCAAAGUGUUUUUCUGCAAUGAUACUCAGGAAGUAGAAUCACUACAGAGUAUGGCAUGCAACAUGCUCAAAUUCUUUCAUAAGCAAAAAAUCAGCAAAGACUUUAGACGGAAAGCAGCGUUAGUCUCAUGUGGGACAUUACAGGUUCUACAGUGCAAAUGUGAAAGAAAUAAAAAAGAAAAGGUUUGUACACAGGUAAACAUACAUAGUAAAGAAGAUACAGAAACAGGUGAACAGUCAAAAAAAAAAUGUAACCAAGAAUUUUGUGAACUGAAAGAAAAUAUAUCUAGCCUUCGAUCAUGCUGGAAUAAAUUUGAAAAAAUAAUUUCCAGGUGAUUCCAAGUGAAUCCUGCUCUUUUCUUUCAAAGUGGCAUUACUUGGUAUCUUUGCAUUUUAUAUGCAUUCUUCGAGUAACUCUGCUCGCUUAUAUGAAGACUUUAUGCUGGAAUGAGGAUGGAAAGCUACUGUACCUUGUUCCUGGAGAUGGAAUAAACAGAAAUGGCUAAAUCAAGCUGCUGAAGUCAGAGAAUCACAGAAUGGUUUGGGUUGGAGGGGGCCUUUAAAAGCCAUCUGGUCCAAGAAGUAGAAGUAAAACACAAAGUGUUGGAAACAAACAACUCCACAGAAGGCUGUGUCUCACCUUCGUCCUCUGGAAACUACUUUGAAUCUUCUGAUCUUUUGAGUAACUUUAUAAUACCAUGGUAUGAAAGCAAUCUUUGUACCUGUCUACUGCAAUUUAUAGUAACAUCUUACAAGCUGCAGGUGAAGAAGACAGUAUGGAAAAGUAUCUGGUUUCUUUGUCUGUAUGAAACACAUCAAGGACUGAAAGGAACAAUUUCCCAAAGAAGCAGCUGACCUUGGGUCUGUUCUGCUGAUGGAAUAGUGUUUUCAGCAUAGGUAUCUAAUGGGUCUGCAAACUGCUUUAUGUUUUGAAAAAUAGGGAAAAGGUUGACUUUUUUAAAAACUUAGGAAGAGUACUGUUUUUUGAGAGAUGCAGCACACUUCUACUGGCUGAAGUAAAGGCAAGACAGUGAGACCUAUGGAAGGUGAAAAAGGAGAAUCCUGCAUGUAAGUUUGUUCAGCUGACUGGAAACAGCACUAGCCUUGUGUAUUUGGUUAUCCUACAGUUAGCUGCAGGAGGAGCUAGCAUUUCUUAGCUCAGAUUGUGAUCUCUUAUAUGCAACUAUUUUAUAUAACGUGUUCAACAUGUUAGACAAACAUGACUUAAAAUGUGUGAAUAUUUUAAGAGAAUAAUAUAUUGGCAUUUAACUAAUGAAGUGUUCAUAUUUAAUUUUGGAUAAAUAGAAGUAUUUUUAUAGUGGUUUGUAA